AUGAAAAAGGAUAUAAGAGAAUGGAGUAUAAGUUUUCCUUGGGGCAAAGUUGCAAUGGUUUCCUAUGGCAAUCCAGAAAAACCACCAAUACUUCUAUUGCACGGGUACAUGGACAGCGCAGCAACUUUUAUAGCUUUAUUAGAAUUACUCCCUGACACUUAUUACUAUGUUGGGCUUGAUUUACCCGGUCAUGGAAAGUCAGAUCCCUAUCCGCCGGGAAUACUUGUGUCGCAUUUAUGCGGUACGGAAGUCGUGCGUGGUGUAGUAGAGCACAUGAAAUGGAAUUCAUUCGCUUGUAUAAGUCAUUCCAGGGGAUUUUUUGAUGGUACUUUCUACAAUCAUUUUUACCCGGGUAAACUGAUCAAGAUGGUACACUUAGACCCGGCACCGACGUUAUCUACGUACUACUAUUCACAUUUUAGACCUUUGUACUGGUACAUGUAUUUUUAUGACUCCUCUUAUAACAAUUAUGACAGCUGGAUUAAUGGCACUUCAAGAGAAUUAACUAUUGACGAAGCUAUAAAUCUGAUGGUACGAAAUAGGAGCUUAACAGAGGAGCAAGCUGAAGUUGUAUUGUCCAGAUCCUUAAUACGAAUUGGUGAUGAUAAAUUCAGAAUGUCAUGGGAGCCCAGAAUGAAAAAAAUGCCAACCGUACCACUUUCUGAAGAAACUCUUUACACUGUCAUCACAGAACAUUCGCCACCUGUGCUCAUAAUAGAAGCUUCAGAUAAUAAAAGUGACGUUGAAGCCAAGAAGUUUGCAGAUGAUAUUAUAGCAAAAUGCCGCUUAAUGCAACCUAAUUGGUCAUCAAUUACUGUCAGCGGCGGCCACGAUGUACACAUUACUAAUCCUGAACUUAUUGUUCCACAUAUUGUACAAUUUUUAAAUGGGUCAGGCCUUCAUAAAAGAUCAAAAUUAUAA